CGUUGUCGUUUAAACCAAAAACCCUGUCAAUGUUGGCCGGACCCUGCAGCCUCCUCUCGCUCAGAGGCGGAAAUGCUCUUCAGAAGACACUCCAUUUCAACAUUCUUGCACAACCACAUACCACCAUCCAGACAAGACAUAUUUCAGGCCUCAAGGUCUUAUGGCAGUAUGGCUCAAGGAAGGAAAUGAGGGAAUGGGUUAGGGAUUGGUUGGAGGCUGGAUUGCAUAUCCCCUUAUGAGGAUUUCUCACAUUUGGAUCAAGCGUCGUGAGAAAUGGAGAAGAGGACUGUUGGUCUUUUCCAUGAGUUACUUUCACUUUCUCUACGUACGAGGGUUACUACUCCAAUUCUGGGAAAGUAGGGAUAUAGGUUUCGAACAAGUUCUCAAAUGUGUUUACAAGGCAUUCCGGCAUAUUUUACGGGUCACUGGAAGGUGAAAUUAAGACUGCUUUGCUUAGGGAGGCAUAUAAGGAGAGUGAGUUCAUUGAUGGGGAUCCGUUGAUUGAGAUGAAGGAUAGGUUUGUUCAGUUGCUGGAGGAGGGAUGACAGGAAAGAGCAGAGCAGUUGAGGAUGCAAUGGGAAGAGCUUAAGCAGGACAUGGGAAUGAUGGUGAUGAGUAACCAGGAGUUGGAUGAGCAAGAGUGCAGUGAGCCACUCUAGAACAGUUAUGACUUAUGGUGAUAAGAAAAUGCUACUGGAGCAGCGUAAUAAGCGCGGUCAGGUAUCGAUAGCGCAAAUGAAGAGAGUAAAUGUUCUUGCAUCAAUGUUCUUCAUUGUGUUCUUAAUCCUGCCCAAGUUGGAGGGUGCUGUGUGGCCGCCAUCAGUGCCUCAACAACCACUCUGCGUCUCCCAAAUGGCAUUAGUGAAUUAUGCAUGUGCUAUGUUGCCCAUACCUCCAGGGUCACCUCCCUUUUCUCCCGCCCGGCACUUGCAGGAUUAUGAUCAUGAGCACAGACACAGUCUAUACCAUGGAUCUGCCAUAGAACAGAAUUGUUGCCGCUGGUUAAACAACGUAGAUGACGAAUGUGUCUGUGCGAUGUUGGUCCACUUGCCCUCCUUCCUUGCAAGACCUGUGCACGAGUACACUGUUAUUGUUCAUAACUCAUGCAAUGUUACUUACACAUGUCAAGGGGGAGUAAAAGCAUAAUGAGAUAUUGAUCAUGUUGAUUUAUAUUACCCUUUUGUCUAUUGUUUCCCAAAUAGGUUUAGCUACUUUCAAUGCUGAUUCUUCAGUCAAGGUUGGAUUAUGAUAUCUGCUUCAUGUUGUGAGUUCACAGUGAAUCUCUGACAUUACUUCUUGUUUCUUUCACUAGUUACAUGUUUGGUUGUCUUACAUAGCCAGAAAAUUAGCAUUUAUUUUAGUAGUAAGUGGGAAUUUUGGGAUUUGUACCCUGCCCAUGGACUGGAAGAUGGGGUUGAACUAGAAGGUAGCUUUUAGUUGGGUGUAAUUGUUAAUCCAGAAUUUUGAGCCAUAAUACUAUUGUCUAAAUCGUAUAUUUGGUUUAGGGGGAAUGAUAAAGGAAGCCUUUUAUUUUUGUUGCUUUGCUAUAAUUAAUUUGGUAUUCAAGUUUGUCAAUAGAUCCCAAAUACUUUCCUAAAAUCUUCUUCUGCUACCUGUUGCUCUGUGAAUGGAUUAAUGAAUCCUCUCUCCUCAUGCCUGGGUAUUACUUCCAUAUGUCUAAAGAAUAUUGAAAAAGAGAUGGAAUUUGCGGGGUACCCUUUUUUAGUGUUGCUCGAAGACUUUGAAAGUAAAUCCAUGCCCCAGUGAUUAUAUUACUUAAGCUCAACUUGCCAUCUUGCAUAAGGUACUCUUUUCAUUUUUUGUUGUCAUCAAUGAUGCUGUACAUUCAUCAAGUUUCAGCUUGUCAUCUUCAGUCACCAUUUUUGUUUUAUGUUGGCUAUGUUUUCAACAUGACAUGAAGCCUUAUCUGCAGCGUUAUUGGCUUAUUUCUUUGGGGAUGCUUCAGACAUUUGUAAGUACCGUUUUCUCUACAAGAUUUUGUUGCAUUAUUGCUAAUUUGGUCAAUGAAUUCUAUUGGAAGUAUUAUUUUUGUUUA